ACCAAUCGAAUCAGUACAAAUCUCCAGCCAUUCGAGCCAAAAGUUCCACAAUUCCAUCCAUGGACCCACAGCUGUACCAGCAAGUUCUGCUAGCUGUGCAGGCGAGUCACUCGCCUCUAGCGUCCGCCAGCGACCGCCAAGCUGCCUAUGCUUUCUGUGAGGAGUUCAAGAGCCGCUCGGACUGCGCACUGUACGCCGUAGCGCUAUAUCAAAGCCCCGGUGGAGGCGAUUCAUUAGAGCUCCAUACUCGCCAACACUUUGCGCUGCACGUACUGGAGCACUACGUGCUGACCAGAUGGAGCUCUUUACCAGUCGAAGAGCAGCAAAAAAUGCGCGUGGAGCUCGUGGCGUUGCUACUACGAGAGAACCAGCCCGACGACGCCGACGACCCUGUGUUUGUUAAAGAGAAGAAAGUCUCGCUAUUGGCUCAAAUCGCCAAGCGUCAAUUUCCUCAACGCUGGCCCGACUUACUACCAGAAUUACUACAAGUAUGGCAGGCUGGCAGCAGCAGACAAGUGGAGCUUGUGCUGCUAAUUCUUCGAUCUUUAGCUGAGGAUUGCGUCAGUAGUUCAUUCAACACGUCGAUUCCUCCUGCAAGGAGGAAAGAUAUCCUACAAGGAUUAAAUGUGUGUUUGCCACAGCUGUUUCCCGUAGUUUACCAGGAAUUGGAGAAACAAUAUGCAACUUACAAAGCAGCAACGUCGUCUCCAAUGCAGAAAAACAGGAGCCAGAGACUCAUCCAUGCGGCGCUGGAUAUGCUCAAGGAGUUUCUCGAGUGGAUGCCGCUGGAGCGACCUGUGGACCCUGCCACGAACUUUAUUAUAGUCGCCGUAUUGCUACUGGAGGAGAAGGAGUUUAGAGUGGCUGGAGCUGAGUGCUUGGAGGUAUAUAUGACCAGAGGCUUUGGCAAGGAGAACCGAGCGAUUAUGCUGCAGAGUAUCAGUCAGAUUAUCGAGAAGGUCAACACACUGGAUUUGACGACGCUGGAGCCCGAUCUAGAGGCGAAUUUACUCUUCCACAAGAAGAUAAACGACAUGUUAGUGACGUGGGGGACGUGCCAGCUGGAUACACUGCUUUUAGAUGGACCAGGAGACCAGGAGAUGGCGCUGCUGCGUGUGAUUCUCAGUAAUUUGUGCAAACUAUUCGCCCAUCCGAGUUUGAUCGUGACGGAAGCGCAGAUUAUUCUGUGGCUGACGGUACUGAAGAACAAGACGAUCUUGAAGCAAGGCGAAGCUUUUCUAGCGGAUAUUUUGGAUCAGUUACGACAGGUUUCGUUCGACAAAUACUUCAAGCUUGGCUCGCCUGAACGUGAGAAUCCAGGGGCACACGAAGCUGCUUGCGACUGCAGCAGACAAGAGUUCGACGACCAUAGCGAGUACAUUUCGUACUAUGGGAAUUUCAGGGGACGUCUGUACGCUUUGAUUCGUGUAUUGGUGCAGCUGAACCCAACUAUUGUGCUGCAGUCUUUACAUGAUCGUCUGGUAUUCGUACUCUCGCAGUACAGAGCAGGAACGGACCAUCUGAGCACCGAUCGCAGGUUCUGCACUGAUCUCAGUACUGCUUAUCUGUACCACGAAGGUAUUUCGUCUCUAAUUGACUGCAUUGUCAAGCAAUUACCCGCCAAUGCGAUGGAAAACCCCACGAACCGCCAGGCUUUACAUGCGAUACUACAGGCGAUUCUAUCAUACGGUACUCUCGACCCGCUGCUUAAAUUCCGUCAGCUUCUCGUACUGGCAUCGUUCGCCAAGUAUUAUGUACUGGAUGGCAGUACACUUACAGCUGUCUUCGAGAUGCUCUUCGCCAACAUCAACUUCGUCAUGGCUGGCGAAGACGUGCACGGGAAGAUGAGCAGUGGCACCAUCAACGUUCGAAGGCGAGCGUUGGCAUCUCUAGUUUCCAUCUGUCAAGCGAUCCCUGCUCAUAUUUUGCCAGUCCUCCCAGUGCUGUGUACGAAGGCUCAGGAGUUGUUUGCCGCCGAUCGUGUGACUGAUACGGAAGGUGUGAUGCUGUAUGAAAUGCUCGUGUUGGUGUCGAAUUCGAUGGAGAACAGAGACGAGCGUGUGCAGUUCGUACAGCAGAUUGUUCAGGACCCUUUGUCGAAGUGGAUUUCUCCCGAAAUGACGGCGCUUGUGAGCUCUCCGCAGAACAUUGUGACCGCUAUCGAAGCUGCUAAUGCCGACGACAAGUCGAAGAAACUGCUUGGAAUGAUUAUCAAAACACUCACGACGUUGUACGGCAUUGCCAAGCGCGCAGGAGUGACUUUUUCUCCAAAACCCACAGAAAACUCGGGAGCAUUCGAAGGCGCGUGGCCUCACUUGUUGCCGAACUUGUUGGCGCUUAUUCGCUCGCUUCAUGGCCUCCAGGAACCAGCAGUGAAAGAUGUGGUGUUGAAAACCUCCAACGCCUGCUGGUUGCUCAGCGUCUCGGUGGAUGAAGUUGCUCAGUUGCUAGGAGGCAAAAACCAACUGGAAGAAGAAGAGGUGGCCAAGUUACCGGCCACUUCCAAGUGGUCCAAGUGGCACAAGAACGUGCGGGAUAUCUCGUAUCAUUUAAUGGGCGUAGCAGUGGGCCAAACCAGCUUUUAUCAGAACCCUCAGGUGGCUUCCGUACUGCAGAACAGUAUGCUCAGCAACUUGGAUGUGAUGGAGCAUCGACACUUGAAAGGAGCGCUGGCUUACGUGUACUUGCCGUUCCUGAAGAAUUGCCCUAGAGAGCUAUACCCUUCGCUACUUGAUCCCGUACUUUCGGCGUUGAUCGGGCACUUUGCUCAACGUGCGACUGCAAUUUUUCAACGCUCAACAAAUGGAGAUAAACCCGUACAAACGCCUUGGAGCGCUCUGGUUGUUGGCAUUGAAGACGCCAAGCAGGAGAUUGCGCGCGAGAAAAUGGUCAUGGAGCUGACGCGCCAAGUUGUUGACUUUAUCGAGUACGCCAUCGACCCAAAGACCGUCGUGGGGACCGACACAGACAACCCGAAACACGUCACAAGUCCAGAAGAUGCCGUGCUUCGGGACUAUAUUUUGACGCAGUCUGUUUCGUUGCCGUUUGCUAUCGGCGCAGUGUUAGUCCAAGUGAUUUGCUGGAAAGAUACGUUGAGCUGUCGGAAGGCGGUGGCUCUCGGUGACAAGCUGGUUAACGUACUGCACGCCGACAGCAAGUAUCAUGGUCUUCUCGGUCGCGACCUCUUCUCCGCUGCGCUUCAAGGAGUUCUACGCGAACAUGUCGGCCACGUCAAGGAAGACGGACUUAAGUGGGAGAUUAUCAACUUGGCACGCAACAUUUACUGCAGACUAACACUUGGUUUGAUCCCAGUGGAAGAGUGCAAAGGUAUCGACCCGUGCAACCAGCCACUUCGUCCCGCGUCGUCACUGUGCUCCGCUCCUCGUGAGAUUUUAUUAUCGCUCCCGGACGUGACACCUGGACAGGUGGAGGCACUUGACACUCUGCUACGUGAGAAACACAGCAUGAAAACACAGAAGAACGCGUUCAAGGAGCUUCUGGAGAUGCCGAUCUUGGCAAUUCGACGGGAACAAGCUGGCUCUUCGUCGCCACUAGCAGGAAUUUUGGGUAACACGAGCGCGUCAGUGAAGAAAGUUCUCGACAUUCCGGAGAAACUGGUGAUCCCCAGUAGGGAAUUCGAGAACCAGAUCAAGUGGCAACAAGCACAGAACCCGAAUCUAGACACGCAGACUCUCUUCGGUGCCUAAUGACGAGAGGUUACGAUAGAAGAGCACACAGUAUACGAGCAGGUUUCUAGUAAAUAAAAAGCAACUCACUCAAGAGAACUCAAGCUCCUUGUGUCUGUCCUGGAACUCCUGUGGCUAGUGGGGCGUUGGCGGGUUUCUUCUGUGGCACGUCUUGGUACACCAUGACAUCAUCGCCAAUUGCGAGACCGUACUUCUCGUUAAAUGCAGUGACAUCAGGCACAUCGUCUCCUUCUCGACACAAGUAAAAGGUGCGUUCUAAAUGAUACAUGAGCGGUGGACUGAUGUAAUGGAACGCCACACUGUCAGGUGCAGCACCUUCUUCUUUCCACCGCACGCCGCCAAUAUGCUGAUGAUACUGCACAUACCAGUAGUUCACUCGAUUCGGGUUGGUGAAGUACACUCCUUUCGCUUUAUCCGCAUGCCACCGCUCGCGUCCUUGAUGGUCUCGUGUAUCCCACGGGAACACGUCGUGCCACAUCAUACAGAACGAGAUGGACGCAUCAUCCGGC